GGUACCAAUUCUCAAAAUCUCAGCUGGUUUCAAUUUCUGAACAAACAUAAAACUGUCACGUUUGACAAAUUAAUUCCGAUCAAUAAUUUCCUGGAGUUUGUCUUCGCAGUUUUAUCAAUUUAAUUCAAAAAGGGGCGUUAUUACCAAUAAUCUGUAACAAAGCAUUUAAUCAAGAUGACGGAUCCCUGGUUGGUGCAACCCCACGAGCAUGCCAAGUUUGCAGAGCAUUUUCGCAACUUAGGUCCCAUCAACGGGACGCUCACUGGAGAACAGGCAAAGAGAUUUAUGUUACAAUCUCAAUUGCCCCCCCCGAUUUUGGGUCAGAUCUGGACCCUGGCUGACACUAACGCUGAUGGAAAACUUGACCUCAGGGAAUUUUCUAUUGCAUGCAAGAUAAUCAAUUUGAAACUACAUGGCGUUGAAGUACCAAAAGUGUUGCCACCAUCUUUACUUAAUUCACUAAGCCCGUCAGGGCCGAAACAAUUCCCUGCGGCCGUACCUGCCAAACCACCAAUACCGCCUAUGCCGUCUGUACCACAGCAGCCACUUAUUGGCGGUCUACCCACACAAGCUGUACCACCACAAGCACAGCAACCACUGAUUAGUGGUUUACCAACCCAGGUCGUACCACCGCUACCACAGCAACCACUGAUCGGUGGGUUGCCAACUCAACCUGUACCACCGCUACCUCAGCAACCACUGAUUGGUGGGUUGCCACCUCAACCUGUACCACCGCUACCUCAGCAACCACUGAUUGGCGGUUUGCCACCUCAACCUAUACCACCGCUACCACAGGAACCUGCUGGCGGGUUGCCGGCUCAACAUGUACCACCUCAACCACAACCUACUGAGGCCAAUCUGCUCGGCGAUUUAAUUGGCGGAUCACCACCAGCUAACCAAACGACUACCCCAAUCGUGUCUCCCACUCCCAGUGUUCCACUACUACCUCCCACCAAACCACUACCAACAAGUACCAUACCGGAUCUCAUUUCUGGCGUUAAACCACCCACCGCUCAAACCAUUCCACCAAUACUUGGUCAACCUGUACCACCAUCGGGUCAGCAACCACUAGUUCCCCCAUUAGGGGCUCCACCAGUACCAUUAUCCCAACCGCUGAUUGGUCAACCACCAUUGGCGCAAAAUCUCAACUCGACCAUGAUUGGUGGACCACCGAUGAUUCCAAAUCAGCCAUUGAUUGGUGUACAACCACUAACUCAGCCAUUGGUUGGAAGUCAACCUCUUAUACCUGGACCAGUAACGGCAAAACCUCCUCCAGCAUUAGUGAGUCCGACUACAAUGAUACCAUCAUCACAACAGAGCGUAGUAGGCUCAUUGGUCAGUAGUCCCCCACAAGGAAUCGCAGCCGGUUCUGUUCCCAGUCAGCCCGUAACAUCGACGCCUAUAACUGCCGUGAAGAGCGAGACGGUGUCUAAACCAGCGUCAGUGGUAACCAGCCCGAUAGACAUGCCCUUGGGAGUUGUGAGCCCUCCUCCUAAUGUGGAAUGGGGUAUCCCUCAGCCUCAGAAAUUGAAAUACACGCAACUGUUCAACGCUACUGACCGCACGAAGACGGGCUCUGUGUCGGGGGUGCAAGCUCGUUCCAUCAUGCUGCAGUCGCGUCUUCCGCAGCAGACCCUGGCGCAGAUAUGGGCAUUGGCAGACCUUGACUCUGAUGGGAAGCUGGGCUGUGAAGAAUUCGUACUAGCCAUGUAUCUGUGCGAGAAAGCAACUCAAGGCGAAGCUCCUCCCGCUAAACUGCCUCUGGAGUUGAUCCCGCCCACAUUCAGGCGUGACUCGGUGACGUCACUGACUUCGACGGGCAGCAACAAAUCUUACGAGGAGAGGCGUCGCGAGAACAUGGCCCGUGGACAGGCGGAGCUGGAGAGACGAAGGUCGCAGUUAGCCGACGCCCAGUUAAAGGAAAAGGAAGCUGAGGCUGAGAGAGAACGCAAAGAGCGAGAAGAAGCCGAUAAAAGAGAGAAACUUCGACUCGAAGCGCAGAAGAGAGAGCAGGAGGAGCUGGCCCGAAAACAAAAGGAGGAACUGGAAAAACGCGAAGCGGCUAGAAAAGAGAUGGAGCGACAGUGUCAACUCGAGUGGGAGAAGAAAAGAACUCGUGAACUCGAAGCUAUGCGCACAGAAGAACAGACCAAAGUGCUGAGUCUUAAAGCCAAGAACCAAUCGAUCUCAGCUGAACUCAGCACAGUAACACUCCGCGCCUCCAACUUGGCCAAGGACAUACGCGAGACCAGGACUGCUGUCGCGGCCGCUAAGUGCACCAUUGACGGCAUGAG